AUGUUUCUCACCUCGUUCUCUACCUGCUCUUCCUCCUUUCCUUACCCCCUUUCCCUCACUUCUUUUCUUGUCCCCUCUCUUUUCUCUGCCCUUCAUAUUUUUAACUUCCAUCCUCACCCUUUUCUCCUCUCCGGUCUCUUUUUGCCUCUUUUCCUCUCCUUCUUCUUGUCCCUCUUCUCCUUGUGUAGCCCCUUCUUCUUUUCCACCUGUCCUCAUUUAUCCAUCCCUCUCCUCUACUGUCCCAUCUCCUACCUGACUCCCUCUCCUCUUAUUUGUCCUUCACUCUCCUCUUUUGUACCUUGUCCUAUCACUUCCUCCUAUAUCUUUCCUUCUUUUCCCCCUCAAAUCCUCUUCUGUUCUCUAUCUCUCCUGUUUCCUCUCAUCCCUCCUUUUCCCUUCUUUUAG